AUGGAAAAAACCCCUGAUAAAAUAUCUUCUGCUGCUGAGAAAAAUGCGGUUUUGAACCUUAAAGAAACCGAGCUGAGGCUGGGUUUGCCGGGUUCAGAAUUUCUGGACAAGAAGGCAACUGGGUUUUCUCUUUUUGGGAAAGAUUUGAAGGAUGAGACUAAUAAGAACAUAUUUUCAGGUGCUAAGAGGGUUUUUUCUGAUGCCAUUGAUGGUUCUAAUAAAUGGGGUUUGUGUAUUAACGGUGGAUCUGAGGUUGAUUUGGGGAAAAAUGAUGUUUUGUUUUCUCCGAGAGGAGCAAAUGGUGGAGUGAAAAAUACUAAUAUUUUGCAAUCUUCUCAUCCUGCAAAGGAGGUUCCUCCACAGCCUGCUAAGGGCAAGAAAAAUGAAAAUGGUGGUCCAAGCACUACCCCAGCUUCAAAGGCACAAGUGGUGGGUUGGCCACCUAUUCGAUCUUUCCAUAAGAACAAACUCAACACUAAUUUAUCGAGAAAUAAUGAUGUUGCCGCGGGAAAAUCAGAAUCAAGCUGCCUUUACGUUAAGGUCAGCAUGGAUGGAGCUCCAUACUUGAGGAAGGUGGAUCUUAAAACCUACUGCAGCUAUGCAGAACUUUCAUCUGCACUCGAGAAGAUGUUUAGCUGCUUUACCAUUGGGCAAUACGCUUCUCAUGGACUUCGAGGGAAAGAAGAAGUUAAUGAGUGUCAUCUAAUGGAUCUUCUCGACCGCUCUGAAUACGUACUCACAUACGAAGACAAGGAUGGUGACUGGAUGCUUGUUGGUGAUGUUCCAUGGGCGAUGUUCACUGAUUUGUGCAAGCGAUUGAGGAUCAUGAAAGGCUCAGAGGCAAGUGGGUUAGCUCCAAGGGUAAUCGCAAAGUGCAAGAGCCAACACUAG